GUUCGCUCUCUACACUCGCUUGCCCGCUCGCAAUCGGCUUCUUGCUCAUUGCUGUCUAUUCACCCACACUCUUUUACACUCUUGUUCUGCGACUAGCUCUGUUCCAUCAUGAAGUGCUUCAACCUCGCAGCUCUUGUUGUCGGCCCUGCUUCUGCAGUCCCAGCCCUUGCCUUUCCGGGUGUUGUCGGCAUUGAGAAUGGCAUCCACGUCGUCAGGGACAUGACAACCUCGACUGUUUACACGACCUCUGUGUACACUGUCACCCAGUGUGGCCCUGACGUGACCAAUUGUCCUGGAAAUGGAACUGCAGUUGUCACUUCGGUCGUUGCUGUUACUACCACGGUCUGCCCAGUCAGUGAAAUCACCAUCACUCACACCGGUCCGAUCUCCAUGCCGGCUUCAUCCGCGGAGAUUGGCACGCCAACUUCUGUGUUUCUCAGCUCUACGUCAAGUUCCAGCCUGGCAGCGCCAACUUCUACCGCUAGCUUCGUCAUUUCGGCACCGUCUAGCAGCACCGAGGCAAGUCCGACGAGCUCCGGUUACCCCAUCAUAACUCCCACCGUCUCCCACUCUACCUCUGAAAUUGGGACCUUACCAAGCUCCUCCACUGGUCCGGCCGGCUCCAUUUCGAGCUCGGUUUCCAGCUCUGAGGUUGCAACUCCUACGAGCAGUGGCGCUAUCUCUUCCUCAUCCACACUCGCUGGGCCGGUUCCGACUCCAUCAGUCUCAGCCACGUCAAUCUCUUCUGAGAGCUCUAUUGGCACGCCAUCCAGCAGCGCGUAUUCUUCCCUUUCUUCCUCUUCCCAACCCACUGCGACAAAUUCGGUCCCGAUUGCUCCUACCACAGGUUCGCCGAGCGUUGGCCCCUCAUCAGCGACAGAUUCCGUUCCGACAUCUCUCCCGGUUUCUUCGUCAAUCGGAUACAGCACAAACACUGGGCUUCUCCCCACCUCGUUCCCGGUGUCUUCGCCAAGCGGAUACGGCACAAACACUGGACUUCUCCCCACCUCGUUCUCAGUUUCUUUAUCGAGCGGACACAGCACUCCAGUUGGCCCUCCCUCUGCGGCUUCAACCAAUACCGAUGCCGUGCCCACCUCUUUCGAAGUAACGUCGUCAUCUUCCAGCCCGAGCUCGUCCGCACCGAUGUACACUGAGAAAUCUUCAACUCCAUCAACUUCUGUUGAAGGUACUUCAGCUGUGUCUUCUUCCUCGCACUCGCAUCCCGGAGGCAUGUCAACUCCCAAGUCACCAACUUCAAUGCCGUCUACCCCCUCGGGAACAUCUACAGGCUCAGUGUUGUCAGUCCCAGGUCUGCCAAGCUCCUCUACCGCAGGUAUUCCGAGUAGCCUAGCAUCCAGUGCUCCAGCUUCCAGUGCUCCAGCUUCCAGUGCUCCAGCUUCCAGUGCUCCAGCUUCCAGUGCUCCAGCCUCCAGUGCUCCAGCUUCCAGUGCUCCAGCGCAUCCAAUGCUCCAGUUUCCAGUUCUUCAGCAUCUAGAGCUCCAGCUUCCAGUGCUCCAGUGUCUAGUGCUCCAGCAUCUAGUGCUCCAGCCUCGAGUUCUCCAGCUUCCAGUACUCCAGCUUCUAGUGUUCCAGUAUCCAGUGCUCCAGCCCCCAGUGCUCCAGCCUCCAGUGCUCCAGCUUCAUCUGGAUAUUCGGCUCCGAUUCCAACCGGGGGUCUCAACUCGACUACUCGGCUUACGAACACCCUGACUGCAACUUUGACUUCUAUCAUCACUGUUCCGGGUUCCUUGACUCUAAGUACCUCUGAAGCGGCUCUUCCUACCACUUCUGAAGCUGCUCUUCCCAACAGCUCUGGAACUAGUGUCGGAGCCGGUGGAUCCUCUGGAUAUCCGUACCCUUCGAGCGCUGGUAACAGCACUGUCGUCCCACCAACCGUCUCUGCCACCCCAUACCCCAUCAACUUCGGUCAGAAAGUCGUUGGAGCUGGGAAGAGCUCAAUGGUGGCCAUCGUCGCUGCUUUCGCCUUCGCUCAUUUCGCCUAAACCUCCG